AUGACAAACGAACCAGAAAUCGAUAUCAGUAGCAUCGACUUCUCCGAUUUGGAAAAGAAAUACACCGUUGAGGAUGAUGGUUCUUACAUGAACAAGUUCAUUAUUGUCGACGGGGCACCUAUUGCCCCUGAAUCGAAAGUCCCUAUCUUAACCAAAGUGCUGAAGAAGUUAUUCAGUGCUGUUGGUGAACUGCAAGAUGAUUCCAUACACAUGCCUUUGGAGGACGGAAAGACUAAAGGGUAUCUCUUUAUUGGAUAUAAGACAGCAGAGGGUGCCAAUGAGGCUGUCAAGAAGUUGCACGGAAAAAAAUUAGACCAACAGCACAGGUUGUUGGUCAAUAAGUUUUCUGACAUGGACGAGUACUUAACCGAUUUCAACGAUGAAUUCAAAGAGCCUGCCACCUACAAACUCCCAAGCACCAAAGUCUUGGACUCUUGGUUAUUAGAUGAACAAGCAAGAGAUCAAUUUUCUUUGGAAAUGGGCAACAUUGCUGGUAUUUAUUGGUACAAGCAUGGAUUUCCUCCAACUCCUGUCGUUGAGCCAAGGGUCAACUGGACUGAACUUUUCACAAAGUUUUCUCCCAAAGGUUCUUACUUUUUAUCUGUUCACAAGCUAGGUAUCCAUGCUUGGGGAGGAGAGGACUUCAAGUCUAUUCACAAGUUCUACCACCCAGGCGUUAGGUUGAUUGAUUUCUCUCCCGAUGAAAGAUACUUGGUUACUUUGUCACCAGAGCCGAUUACACUCCCUGCUAAAAACCACCCUGCACGCGCUUCCUUCCCUUUCAAACAGGAAGAUGUUGGAAACAAGCUGGUUAUCUGGGAUUUCCAAACCGGUCUUCCUUGUAGAACAUUUGCUUUGCCUCCUGACCUGGAAAAGGAGAAAAAAAUGACCUGGCCUUUGGUUAAGUGGUCAUAUGAUUCUAAAUAUUGUGCAAGAAAAGGUCCAGGUGCGAUUGCUGUAUAUGAGGCUCCAUCAUUCCAAUUGGUAAACAAGAAGCUUCUCAAUGCUCCCGGUGUCGCUGAGUUUGAGUGGGCCCCUGCAGGUGUUAGAACAGAAACUCAAAAGAAGGGCGAAGAACCAGAACAUCUCUUGGCGUACUGGUCGCCUGAGCAAAUUAACUUGCCCGCUAAGGUUGCUGUCGUUCAAGUGCCUACUAAUUCAAUCGUGCGAACUGUUAACUUAACUAACGUGACAGACUGUAAACUAUACUGGCAUGAUAACGGUUCUUACUUGUGCUGUAAGGUCGACCGUCAUACUAGAUCCAAGAAAACCAUUUUCUCGUACCUGGAGUUCUUCAAGGUUACCAAGAAAGACAUUCCUGUCAUCAAAUUAGAAUUGAAGGAAGCUGUAACAACUUUUGCUUGGGAGCCCACCAGUGAAAGGUUUGGUAUCAUCACAACUGAUGACGUUCAAGGUACCACUCCUAACAAGAUGAAUGUUAGUUUCUAUGCUCCUGAAAUUUCCAAGGGUAAAGUCAACACGGAGACUGUAUGGAGGCCUUUCCGAACUAUUGGGGGGAAGAAUAGUAAUGCUAUUGUGUUCUCUCCUAAGGGUCGUUUUGUUGUUGCUGCAACUUUGAAUGCAGGCUCUGGAGACCUUGACUUUUAUGAUCUCGACUUUGAAGGAGAGCGCAAUGAGAAUGACACCAAGUUCAAGGUGAAGGCUUCUUUCAAACAACUAGCUCAUCACGGAUAUCACGGAAUCACCCAUCUUCAAUGGGAGGAUUCUGGCCGUUUCGUUGCCGGAUGGUCUUCCGUAUGGAAACAUACAAGUGACAACGGUUUUAAAAUCUACAACUUUGCUGGUAUCCUUCAGAUCGAGGACCAAGUUGAGGCAUUCAAGAAAUUCUCAUGGAGAGCAAGGCCUAAAUCUAUUUUGACAGAGGAGGACAAGAAGAAAGUGGAAGAGAACUUGGAACAAUAUAGCGCACAAUUUGAGGAGCUGGAUUCUAUGGAAGCCGAUGCUAAUUUGAGAGAGAUCAUUAUGAGAAGAAAGAAGCUGCUCAAAGAAUGGAAAGAGUACAGAGAUUUCGUAGAAGCUCAUCUAAAGGAGCUGGGACUGUACGAAGAGGAGAAGAAGGAAGAUGUUGAGGUGAUCGAGGAAGUAAGGGAGGAGAUUCUGGAAGAGAAAGAAGAAAUUGUGGAUUAG